AUGCCGUGUCACCUGCCAGGUGCCCCUAUGGCCCCUGUAAAUGCCCGCCGCGAGGGGCACUGCCAGAGUCCCGAUGACCCCCAACGCGUGGGACCCAGCACCGGACGCUUGGAAACAGGCACCUCGUUCGGCUCUUCCAAAAACUCUCCGGGCAUCACCGUCUUUACAGACCCGGAAAGCAAGGCUCAGUCACAUGAAGUCCAACCUGCCCAAGGCCACGCAGCUGCCACGGUGCAGUGGGGGAGAGGGCAGCGCAGGCCAGACGGCCAGGUCAAGGCCGCUGGGCACACGGUGAGCCGGAAGAAGCCCUGGAAGGGCCAAGAGCCCCCCGCCCGGCCCCUGGCCCCUCCCCCACCCCCGCCAGUGCCACCCGCUAGGAGGAUGCUGAGGCCCCGAGAGGGCACAGGACGCCCCCAGGGCCACACCCAGGUCCUCCAUGGGGCCAGCAGGAGGGAGCAGCCGUCGUCGGGCUGGGGGUCUGGUGGGCAGCUGAUCAGCGUCAGAGGUGGUUCCCUGGGGAGGGCGGGGACCGUCAGCUACUCGCCGCGGGUGCUGACCCCAGAGCCGCCCAGGGGCCCCAGCUGCAGCCCCCCCAGCUCUAUCCCCAGCUCCAGGGCUCAGCACCCCCACCCACUCGCCAGCUGGAUGCCGCCCUGCCCCAGGCCCUUGGUAGACUCCCCGAAUGAGAGCGGGCAGCAGGGACCCUGCACUGGGCCAGCGCCUCCCUCCAUGACCGCGGUACCCCCUCCACCACCACCUGGCCACCCCCCCUCAGGGCCGUAUCCCUCUCCCAGCGCGGGUGGUCCAGGAGCACUCCCUCCAGCGCCCCCUACUCUGGCCGAGAUGCAGCUCCAUCCCAGGUGCGUGAGGCCCCAGCACCUGCCUGCUGGCCCGCCCGGCCUGCAGCCUCACCAGGGCUCCAAGCGGCCAUGGGUCUGUCUGGGUGCCCCCACCCCUGCGUCCAGCACAGAGCACCGACCGCUGCCGGGGGCGGCCGGGGUGACACAGGAGGAGCCUGGGGCUCCCGCCCUGCAGCUGGCCCCCAGAUGCCCUGGAAGGCUCGGCACGGCCAGGCCACACCAGCAGACAUGGAAUCUCAACCUGCUGUUCCCGGUCGGGGCUGGGGCAGCCCUCAGACGGUGGGCACAGUCCCCAGGGGCGGAGGAGACCCUCCCCCCCCAGACCCAGACCCACUGCAGCCAGGCUCCCCGGGCGGUGCAGAAGCGGGUGCCCUCUCGGGGCAUCAGGGCCUGGAGCUCGGCCACACCGGCGGCCUCUCGAGGACCCGAUCGGGGUCUGUUUAAUCACAAAUUACAGCAGGCAGGAGCAUCUUAUGGCAGAGUCUCGGGCGAGGCCGAUACCUCAACCGAUGUCAGGGACUCUGGGAACCAUCAGCUUAAUGAGCGGUUCCUGCAGCCUCAGCAAAAGCCGCCGGCCAGGCCAGGCCCGGGGAACCUGCGGGGCCGCCAGAACCGGGCCGGCCGGGUCUGGGGUGCCGCUCCCAGAAGGGCAGGCCCGCCAGAGACCCUCUCCAGCCCCCACCCCUAUGAGGAGGCCCUCGCCUCCCAGGAGGGACCGUCCUCCCCAGCCUCCCUCGGCCGCACUGGCCCCAGGCCAGCCUCUCCCAUCUGGGGGUUGGGGGGCAGCCGCGGCCGGUGCUGGGGAGGGGGCCACGGCGGCCGGCUGCUGUGCCGCCGACACCCCGACGCACACCAGCCGAAGUGUCCCGAGAGGCAGGGCUGGCCCCCGCUGCAGGUGCACCCAGGGCCCGGGACGCAAGUACCUCCCUGGCUCACCCACCCGGGCACCACUGCCCUCUGGAGGAAAGAACAGAUGGGCAGAGAGGCCUCUGGCCAGCCGCCGGUGGGCGACUGGGGUGCAGCCCUGGUCUCCACCUCUUCUCGAGUGGGCCCGGUCGGGCGCUCACUGACCUUCUGCCCCGCCCGGGCCCACGAGGGCCCGCCGCCCCGGCUCCCGCACCCCGUCCUUGAGCCCUUGCCCCUCACAGACGAGACGCCCGUCGGCGUGUGCUUAGCACCUGGCCGGGCCCAGGACGCUGGGCCCCUGGAGGCGUCCUCACCGCCCCUCACACGGCACCACCUGGGCCUUCCUGGAAAUGGAGCCAGCAGUCCCAGAAGCCUGACGGCAGCAGACAGCCACGUAGACCCGGGAGCCCUGCAGGGGUGGGUGGACGGCCCCGUGGGCUCCGCAGGGAAUGGGACGCCCCCGAAGCGGCCCUGCCACGGCUGGAUGUGUGGGGACGGAGAGCCAAGAGGUCCUGCUGCCCCACUGGACCACGUCCAGUCAGCAGACGUGGGGACGCCCAGGAGGCUGCGCCCCCACUGCCCCCCAGCCCUGCACGGGGCCCGAGGCCUCCCGGGGGUGCUCUGCGGGGGCCCAGGCGCUGGGGCUCCGGGCCGCCUGCCUGCUGGGUGCUGGGUCGGGAGGAAGCGGGCGAGCCAGCCCCAGGGAGCCGCCUUCUGUGACAAGCCAGGGGCCGCGCCGGCCCUGGGGCAGGGUCCUUACGGACAGAAGCCACAGGCCUCCAAGGAAGAGCGCGAGCCCCUCCUGGGCGCCCCCCCCCGCCGCCCCCCACAGCCUACAGCCACUGACACGCUGUCCACAGGAUUCUGCGCCGCCUGCAGAGGUGAGGACACAGAGACGCCCAGGGGCGAAGGGCCCCCAGAGCCCCAGCUGGCAAGUGGGCGCCAAGACGAGCCCGCCGGCCAUCUGGAGGGCCUGCUCUUCCUGCCUGCGCGGGCUCUGGGCAGAGGCAUGCCCCAACACUCCCGUGGUGGCCCCGGGCGCUCUGGCUCCCCCGCCGUCCGGGCGGAGGGCGUGGUGCCUGCCCCCCGCUCUCCAGACUCCGGGGCGAUGAAGCCCCAGGCUCCGGGCCGUGGAGACAAAGGCAGGCCGACCGCCAGGAGCCCGCGAUUAACCUCGGUCAACACCACGGCUCUGCGCCCCACUGCCCAUGCCAUCGGCCCCCGGGUGACAUCUAGGCUCCCACCUCACCGCUGCCGGCCGACCACCUCCUGGGCACCGCCAGGGGCCCUCCGCCAGGCCCGGGUCUGGCGCGGGGUGCGCAGCCAGGAGGCGGCGGCUCAGACUCUCCCCAGGGGCCUCAAAACGCCUCCCCUUCAGACCUCGGUUUCCCCCUCCUAUAAAACAGGCCCGUCCAGCCUGACACUGCCCCAGCUCGGCCUCCCAAACACCCCCGAGGGCUCGCGCCGCCAGAGCCUGGCCACGCUGCACGGCUGCCCCCCAGCGGCAGCGCCCGCCCUCAGCCCGUCUCCGCGAGGUUACAAGUGGCAGAGGGCCGAGGGCAGGGGCAGCCCAGACCCCAGGAAAGGGGGCUGA